AUGUCUACCGGUUUUCUGUUAUUCCCGGAGCUGUCGGUGCAGCAAAAAUAUUCGGUUAUAUGCGGUUUUCCGUUAUAUGUGGGACCGAUAAAUGCGGUGCAGACUAUUUUACAAGAAAAUGGCCAGGAUCUAGAGCACACAAAAUAUGUACAUGGUGUUCUCGUGCCGAAAUUAGCACAGUUAUUGACCACGUUUGAAAAUAUACCGGACACCGAUGACAAGGAUAGCAUUGGGCCAAUUAUUUAUGGCAAUAUUACGGUUAAAGUGUUGGGUUAUGCAGUAGUGACCGUUCCGUUAACAGUUAUAACAUUGUCUCCGGUGGUGGGGCUUUUGUGCAUCGGGUCGUACACAAUAAUGGGCUCGACUCUACCCACUGGUCGCUACAGGACCCGUCUUUUAGGAGUUAUAUUUAAUAAAGCAACCAUGUUGAAUAGAUUCGCCGCUUAUAUUAUCAAAUGGUUUGCUGUAGCUCAGACGUGUUGGGUACCGGAGUUCCCAAUACUUACAUCCAAUGAUAAGGCCAUUGCGCGUCACCGACGCUAUUGUAAAAAGGGUUUCAAAAUCUUUUGGCCGUCGGAAUUUGGCGAUUACUCGGGAACGGCUAAAGUGACACUAGUAAGGGAGGGGUGGGAAUUAGGGGUAGAUAAAGGAGAUAUCACAGUGUUGCACAAACUUAGAACUAUCAUGAUAACAUUGCAGAUACUACAAUGA